GUCGUCAGCCUGUUGCGUUACACGCUAAAAUAACCAAACGGACUACAGAAACUUUAACAAAAGCAUAUCCUGUGGUCUGGAUUAUAGACAGUUAAAAUUUGAAAAGUGAAAACCAUAGAGAAACAAAGAAAAUAAACAAAAAUUCUGAUUUAAAGUGUUUACAGUGAAAAGAAGUUUAGGAAAAAAGUAAAAAAAAACGCUGGCUGGAAAAUUGUAUGUGAAGAUAAUUUUUGUUAAAAUUUAAAUUGGUAUUUAAACUUGUUUUAGGCAUAGGUCCAUUUAACGUGAUUAAUAAGUGAAUUUCACACUUGAGUGCUUCUGACGACAAACAAAACAAAAUCAGCGAAGUGAAAAGCUUGAAUAGCUGAGUCUUAAAUUGAACCUCCCGUUUUGAGAAAAUAUCAUCUAAGGCGCCAAUUCAAAAUUAGCCUGUGUGCCGCUUAUCCAUUCGAUUGCAGACGCUGCCGCUCUCGCAUUCACCAACGUUUAUUGGAUUAAUUUAUCACCCAUCAUUUAUUUCGCUAUGAAAGCCACAACGUGGUUAUGUCCAGUCUUAACUUUAUUGUGUGCCACAAAACUCGUCUACACAGCACAAAGAGGCAGUUAUGGCAGCUAUCAUCCGAGUGUGGAAGGCUUGGACAGCAGUGCGAUACAGAAUGACUAUUUCCUAUUGAAGCGCAACAAGCCAUCGUUGUCAAUUGUGAAUCCGUUGGAUGUGCUGCGGCAGCGUUUGCUAUUAGAGAUUGCUCGCAGGCAAAUGAAAGAGAACACGAGACAGGUUGAACUAAAUCGGGCUAUAUUGAAAAAUGUUGGCAAGCGUAUGUUCAGCAAACAUCCACAUCCAUUAGUUGCCACUCCAGAGCAACAGCAGCAGCAGCAAUGGGAAGAAAUGUUGAGUGCACACCAAGCGCAAACACAGCUGAAUGAUGCUGGCCACAUGCAACGAGAAUUGAUGCCCACCAUGCUACCCUACGAUUUGGAUUUAAUACCCUCAGCAUUAAUUUUUGAUUAUCUGCAACAACGACGACCUUGGUUGACACAGGAAAGGACGGCAAUGUUGUUCGACAACUACGACAACAUAGAUGUCGAUAAUGCUGAUGAGAAUGACGAUGUCAAUGGGGCAGGAGCCGAUGAUGGGGACAUGGACAUGGAUGUGGUUAGUGAAGUUAAGCGCUCGUUGCAACAACCCAUGGUGGGGGACGGUGCAACGGUGGGAGCAAGUGAGGGACCCCAUGAAACCACAUUGAAAAAACCAAUCAAUCGCAGUGGUCACGAGGGUGGUUCCAGCAGCUUUGGGGCCAAAAGUCUUCUCUAUUCUCUGAAGCAUCAGCACAAAACGUUCAAUAACGAUUUCAAAUUAAAUGAUUUAGCGACUCUGGGUUUGGGUGAGGACUCAAAUGCUGCUGCUGCUAACACCAACAGCAACAAUAGCAACGACAACAACAACAACAAAAAUGGCAUAAAUGAUGACAAUCAGGUUCAGCGUUAUUUGUAUCAUUUGCAUAAAAACCAUCUAACGAGAAAGUAAACGAUUCAACUCCCCCACCCUCUUUCCACAGCUCCGAUAAAAUCCAGUCCGCACUAAAAGCCAAAACCAAACCAAUCCACCCCGUUAACAGAGCUUCUUCAAUCUUCCAACGUCUCGCUUUAUUCUUUGUUAUUGUCCUUGCAAAUAAUUCAAAACACGAACGUUUUCCAAGAACUUAAAAAGAACAGUUAAAAUGAACAUUAAAAAUUAUAUAUACACCCACAAACACACACACACACACACACACACACACACACGAAUACAAUCUAAAGAACGAAAAAUACCCAAAAUCACCUUAGAAAAUCACAAAGGCAAAAGGAACAAAAAACGAUCCCCACAACUUUAUCCCCUCCAAGAAAUGUUAUAAGGCUUAAACGAAUAUUGAUUAUAAAUAAUUAUAUAUAAAUAUAUUACCUAUAUAUAUAUACAUACAUACUUACACACACAUAUAAAUAAACAUACAAGUGUACCCAAUCACACACACACAAAACAAAACCAAACAAAACCACCCAUACAAAAGCAAAAUACUCUAUACAUGUAUGUAAACAAUAUACAUAAAGAAAAACCUUUUGAGUGUAAACGUUAUUAUAGAAUAGUCCUGGCUUAAUGUGUUAAACAAAACCGAACAAAACAGAGGAUGAACCCCUAUGAACAUAAACAUAAAAAUGCGAACAAAACAAAUUAAAAAUUAGUUGACAAAACGCAUAGCAAAUAAGUACCUAACCUACAACAGAAGUUAAAAAAAAACGAAUAUUAAUAAACAUUAUAAAAACAAAGAAAGAAAACUCCUCCCCCACCCCCAAGAAAAAAAAAACCAAGAAAAUGGUAAUGUAUGAAAUAUUUGUUUUGUUUAGUUUUAAUAAUUUAAUACCAUAACGAACUGUAAAUCUAAAAGUCUAAAUGUUUAUUUAUCAAUAAAAUAUUUCAAAUGUAAACUUUAA